AUGGUGGAGGACAAUGGUUCGUCGCCGGAAGCGGAAGGAGCGGAAGGAGCCGGCGCACCCCUCCUGGCGCUCCUCCGGGUGGAUGGGCUCAAUCAGACGCAGACCCGCCCGCCCUCGCCGUCGUUCUUCGGCAGCUACAACAUCUCCGAGGACGUCUACUUCUACUUCAAUGGGUUGCCCACGAGCACGGAGCUCGUGCUGAACGCCACCACCUCCGCCACCAGCACCACCUUGAGUCCGGGAUUGGUGGGAGCUGGAGGCGGUGGCACCACCACGCCGGAACCCGAUCUCUCCGAGUUCCUGGAGGCCCUGCCCAACGACCGCGUGGGUCUGCUGGCCUUCCUCUUCCUGUUCUCCUUUGCCACGGUGUUCGGCAACUCCCUGGUCAUACUGGCCGUCAUCCGGGAGCGGUACUUGCACACGGCCACCAACUACUUCAUCACCAGCCUGGCGGUGGCCGACUGCCUGGUGGGUCUGGUGGUCAUGCCCUUCUCGGCGCUCUACGAGGUGCUGGAGAACACGUGGUUCUUCGGCACGGACUGGUGCGACAUCUGGCGCUCCCUGGACGUGCUCUUCAGCACCGCCUCCAUACUGAAUCUGUGCGUGAUCUCACUGGACCGCUACUGGGCCAUCACGGAUCCCUUCAGCUAUCCCAUGAGGAUGACGGUGAAGCGGGCCGCCGGUCUGAUAGCCGCCGUGUGGAUCUGCUCCAGUGCCAUUAGCUUUCCGGCCAUCGUGUGGUGGCGGGCGGCGAGGGAUGGCGAGAUGCCCGCCUACAAGUGCACCUUCACCGAGCACCUGGGCUACCUGGUCUUCUCGUCGACGAUAUCCUUCUACCUGCCGCUGCUGGUGAUGGUGUUCACCUACUGUCGCAUCUACAGGGCAGCCGUCAUCCAGACGCGAUCACUCAAGAUUGGCACCAAGCAGGUGCUCAUGGCCUCCGGCGAACUGCAGCUCACAUUGCGCAUUCAUCGUGGCGGCACCACGCGGGAUCAGCAAAAUCAGGUUUCCGGCGGAGGAGGUGGCGGAGGAGGAGGCGGCGGUGGCGGAGGAUCACUGAGCCACUCGCACUCCCAUUCGCAUCACCAUCAUCACAAUCACGGCGGUGGCACGACGACCUCCACGCCGGAGGAGCCGGACGAUGAGCCACUAUCCGCACUGCACAACAACGGACUGGCCCGCCAUCGGCACAUGGGCAAGAACUUCUCGCUGUCCAGGAAGCUGGCCAAGUUCGCCAAGGAGAAGAAGGCGGCCAAGACGCUGGGCAUCGUGAUGGGCGUGUUCAUCAUCUGCUGGCUGCCCUUCUUCGUGGUCAACCUGCUGUCCGGGUUCUGCAUCGAGUGCAUCGAGCACGAGGAGAUCGUCUCGGCCAUCGUCACCUGGCUCGGCUGGAUCAACUCCUGCAUGAAUCCUGUGAUCUACGCCUGCUGGAGCAGGGACUUUCGCAGGGCCUUUGUGCGUCUGCUGUGCAUGUGCUGUCCUCGCAAGAUUCGCCGCAAGUACCAGCCCACGAUGCGUUCCAAGUCGCAGUGUCACGUGGCCGCUGCAAUGGUGGCCGCCUCCACCUCCUUCGGCUACCACUCGGUGAACCAGAUCGACCGGACGAUCAUGUGACGGCAGCUGAGCAGUUGCAGCACCUGCAGCGGUGGCAGCAACUGCGGCGGAUCCCGGUCCGCCCACCACCAGCACCACUCCUCGGGCACGGCCACGCCCUCGUCCUCGCAGCGAUCCUGCACCAGAUGCCAGAGCUUCCACCGCCACCACCACCGCUCCCGGCGCCGCAGCUCGGGGAUGCAGUUGCGCGGCGACUACAACUCCACCACGGCGGUGAACAGCGCCCUGGCCAAGACCAUAGUCACCAUCAGUGCGCCUCCGGUGGCGGCUGCCUCGGCCAGUUCCCUGCACCUGGGCGUCGGCGGACGUCCUUCCUCGGUGUCCACCCUAACGAUCGCCUCGGUGCCGCCCACUUUGACUGGCAGUGGCAGUGGAAGUGGGGCCACCACUCCGCUGGCACCCAGUCUCAAGGCCCUGACCCCGGGACCCGCCAACUCGUCGGGUCACCACGUGUCCUUCAUGCCCAUGACGGGCAUGAAACGGUUGCGCAGCUCGAACGCCUCGCUGGGAUCUGCGAAUGGCAUCAUCAGCUCUGUGGGCGGAGCAGACACCACCUCGGCGCCCUCGCUCAUCGAUGCCGGUGAGGAGCAGGUCCAGGUCCAGAUGAGGAACCACCACAGGAUCCUGGAGCAGUGCCAGAGUGUCCAGAGCCAGAUAACUACGCUGGGCGACGUGGAGGACGACGAGGAGGCCAGCGACAGCGAGAGCGAGAGCAUCGGACUCGCUCUGGUGGAGACCACGCCCCAGCUGGAGAGCCAGCCCGUGGAGGCAUCGAGUUCCUCCAGCUCCUCGGUCAAGUAA